GACCUGCGCAGAGAUCUCCACGAGAGAGAGAGACACAGGCUCCAUCAGGAUGAAAGUUCUCCUGCUCGCCCUGGUGCUGGGUCUGGUUUAUGGUGAGCUUCCUGAGCUCACCCCUGAACAGGUCGACGGGGACUGGCGCACGCUCUACACGGGCGCGGACAACGUGGAGAAGACGAGCGAAGGGGGGCCCCUGAGAGCUUACUACCGCCACAUGGAAUGCACCCCAAGUUGUGAGAACGUCACUCUCUCUUUUUACAUCAAGUUCGGGGAGAACUGCACACUGAUCACCAUCGUGGGCCAGAGGACACCGGAAGGCAGUUACAGCAUUUAUGCCGAAGAAACGGGCUUAAGCACCUUCCAAGUUCUGCCGCUCACAGAAAAGCUCAUGUCCGUGUACAACGUUAAUGUGGACCCAGAGGAAAAGACUACACACAUGAUCACGCUUAUCGGAAAGGACACGACUGUCACCGAGGAGCAGCUGCAGGAGUUCUACCAGCUGGCUGAGAAGCACGGCAUUGCCAAGGAGAACAUUCAGGACGCGGUGCCCACGGACACGUGUGAACCUUAAAGACAUCCACUGGAGGUCAGAAAGGCGUUCUGAGCCGUCCUCGCCACCCAAUCCAAAUCUCUGGAACAAAGAUGAUUCCUCCACUUCUCUCACAAGUCUUCAGAUCUCAACCGGACAGCCGGAGCCUCUGACGCAUGGAUUUACUUAGUCAUCAAUUCUAUGGCAAUAAACUGAUUUCUCACGCAAACCAA